CCCUUUCCUUUACCCAUGGCCCCCCUGGUCCCCCCAAAUCUCCGUGUCCCCCCAGUUCUCCACUCCAUGCGUUACCUGAAGGUGGCAGUUACAGAGCCCAGCCCGGGGAUCCCUCAAUACAUGUCCCUGGGAUACGUGGAUGGGAUCCCCAUCACACGCUAUGACAGCGAGUGGCGCCGGACGGAGCCGCAGACGCCGUGGAUGGCGACUGGACUUGAGCCAGAAUAUUGGGAUGGAGAGACCCAGACUGGCGAGAGGAACCAACUUGUGGCUGCUGCUGACCUGGAGACAGUGGGGGCCCGGUACAACUGGAGUGGGGGUCUCCAUACAUGGCAGCGGCUUUCUGGCUGUGACCUCCUGUCCGACGGGAGUGUUCGCAGAACCCUUCGGUACGGCUACGACGGGCAGGAUUUCCUCUCCUUUUCCCUGGAGAGCGGGACCUUCGUGGCAGCUGAUGGAGCUGCCCAGAUCACCCAGAGGAAAUGGAAAUCCGAAGGAUACGAGGCUCUUCAGCACGACUUGGGACUGAGAUGUGCGGAAUGGCUCCAGAAAUAUGUUGGAUACGGGCAGGAGGCACUGGAGCACAAAGAGCCCCCUGAUGUCCACGUGUCUGGGAAAGAGGAACACGGGAUCCUGACGUUGUCCUGCCACGCGUACGGAUUCUACCCCGGGAUCAUCGGGAUCAACUGGAUGAAGGGGGAUGAAAUCCGGGAUCAGGAGACGGAGUGGGGCGGGAUCGUUCCCAACAGCGACGGCACCUUCCACAGCUGGGCCAGGAUCGAGGCGCUGCCGGGGGAGCGGGAGCAGUACCGGUGCCGGGUGGAGCACGCCGGAAUGCCGGAGCCCGGGAUCUUCGCCUGGGAGCCAGAAUCCAUCUGGAAUUCCACCCCGGUGUUGGUCGCUGUGUCCGUCAUCGCUGCCAUCAUCGUCAUCAUCGGCCUCGUCGCAGUCGGUGUCUGGAAGCUCCGAGCCGGGAAGAGGGAGGGCAAUGGAUACGACCCCGCACCCACCAAAAUCACGGCCUAAGUGAUCAUGCAGCUGGAUCCGCCCCUUCCCUCUCCCUGCGGAAAGGCAGGAGCUGCUGGCAGAGCUCAUCCCGCUGCUCCCACCCAACCCGGCCCCCUGCGGCUCUUCCCAGUGGAGCAACUUCCUGCUUUUCCAUGUGUGAAACCCAGGAGCACAAUUAUUACUGAGGCUUUAAUUGUGGUGUGAAAAUCUGCUGCUUUGGGCAAUAAAUCCUGGUUCCCUCCUCUGGCA